UGACUCGUGACGUCACCGAGGGGCGUGUCCACGCCAACAGAGUCGGUUCUGUGUGGAGGAGCUAGCCGAGGGGACAGAGCUCAAGUGUUGUUUUGAAUUUGCUGGAAAUCGCCCGACUGCGAGAAAAAAAACAGGGGGGGGGGAUUUCAGAGCCCGUUCGAGAAGAAGAUGGCGGAUGUUGGAGGCGAUGAAAGUCGGCCUGCUCACCCCACGGCGUCCCGCCACCACGGUCCGGUCGUCGGUUCGUCCGCGGGCCAGGACGCGGCGACGGUAACGUCUGGUCCUCGGGUAGUGCGGAUCGUCAAGUCGGAGUCUGGCUACGGUUUCAACGUUCGCGGUCAGGUCAGCGAAGGAGGGCAGCUCCGGAGCAUCAACGGGGAGCUGUACGCUCCCCUUCAGCACGUCAGCGCCGUUCUGCCCGGAGGCGCCGCCGACCGAGCGGGGAUAGCGAAGGGGGACCGGAUCCUUGAAGUGAAUGGGGUGAACGUGGAAGGUGCCACCCAUAAGCAGGUGGUGGACCUGAUCCGGGCCGCGGAGAAGGAGCUGGUUCUGGGCGUGCUGUCGGUUCCCCCUCAGGACGCCGACGGACUGGAAGGAGGCGAGGACGUCCAGCCUAACUACGACUACAGCGACAAGCAGGCCGUGCCCAUUUCCAUACCCACAUACAAGCACGUGGAGCAGCACUCGGAGAGGUUUGUGGUGUACAACGUGUACAUGUCCGGCAGACAGCUGUGCGCCAAACGCUAUCGCGAGUUUGCCAUCCUGCACCAGAACCUGAAGAGGGAGUUCUCCAACUUCAACUUCCCAAAGCUUCCCGGCAAAUGGCCCUUCUCCCUCUCCGAACAGCAGCUGGACGCUCGCCGCAGAGGUCUGGAGGAGUAUCUGGAGCGAGUGUGUUCUGUGCGGGUGAUCGGGGAGAGCGACAUCAUGCAGGAGUUUCUCUCUGAAUCAGACGAGAACUACAAUGGAGUCACGGACGUCGAGCUGCGGAUAGCGCUGCCCGACAAAACCACCAUUUCUGUCAGAGUGCGUAAAAACAGCACAACGGACCAGGUGUACCAGGCAUUAGUGCUGAAGGUUGGAAUGGACAGUAUUAUGGCAAGCUACUUUGCUCUUUUUGAGGUCAUCAACCAUUCUUUUGUGAGGAAGCUCGCCCCAAACGAGUUCCCCCACAAGCUUUAUGUGCAGAACUACACAUCAGCCGUGCCCGGAACGUGCUUAGCGCUCCGCAAAUGGUUGUUCAGCGUCCAGGAGGAGGAGCUUCUCCGAGACAACCCGCUGGCUCUGCAUUACUGCUUCCACCAGGCACUGGACGAUGUGAAGAAGGGAUUCAUAAAAAUGGAGGACAAAUCCUACCAGCUGCAGAAACUGGCAGAGCAGCGCAAGAUGGCCACAUACCUGAGCCUGCUGCGGACAUGCGAGGGCUAUAACGAGGUGGUCUUCCCACACUGCUCCUGUGACUCCAGGAGGAAGGGCCACGUCAUCACGGCCAUCAGCAUCCACCACUUCAAGCUGCACGCGUGCACCGACGACGGCACGCUGGAGAACCAGGUGAUCGCUUUUGAGUGGGCAGAGAUGCAGCGCUGGGACACUGACGAGGAAGGCAUGGCUUUCUGCUUCGAGUACGCCAGAGGAGAGAAGAAACCUCGCUGGGUUAAGAUUUUCACUCCAUAUUUCAACUACAUGCAUGAAUGCUUCGAGCGUGUCUUCUGUGAGCUGAAGUGGAGGAAGCAGGUGGAGGAAGAGGCCUCUGAUAAAGACAACAAAAACUGCAGCAACAACGAGUACCUGCCUCCUCUGGAGACGCAACAGAAGGGAUGGCGCCACCUAGGGGGGGAAAUCGCAACGUCCUAAAAAAAAAAAAAAAGAAAAAAAAAAA